GGUUAAGAAUACACUAUAAAUAAACAAAAACUAUUUUUCUGGAGAAAUUAUGAUGUAUAUUUCAUUGCAAAUAUACUUCUAAAAAGAAAAUAUAUUGAAAGAAGUAAUCCUAGAUCGGUAUUAACGGAGAUAUUAAUUAUUACACUAAAAAUAGUGAUAUACUAGUUCAACAACUAGCUGAUCUUUGUUCUCUCAUCACUAUGUUCAAGUUGGAAAAUGUAUGACGGUGAGGCAUUUUACCACAUUGCAGUUAAAAACAGCUUCGAAAUAAUUACAAAAAUUACAAACAAAAUAUUGUAGUACAAGAUGAAUUCUUUAAUUCGUACAAAAAGGAUGGUAUCUGGCCAUAGAACAACAAUUCGCCAAUAUUACUGCUUUAAACUGUGGUAUAAUACCAAUCAAAUAAAUGGUAACUUAGCAUUUAUUUAUAUGGGUAGAAGAGAUACCAGGAAUAAUAGAUUAUUAUUGCAUUCAACGAUAACAGAGAACUGCAAUAGUAAUAACUUGUCAUAUGUACAGUCUCGUUCAUUUUAUAUUACACCAACUUGGUAUGGUCAAGAAUCAUCUUCCAAAGUGGAAGACACUGUAAGAAAUAUUAAGGAACAAAAAGAAAUAAAAAAUAAUGCACAAGAAUCUAUUGUUCAGAGUGGUUCAAAAUCAGUGGAAAAAGUAGAGAAGCUAACUGUAUGGCAAAAAGUCAAAGGAGAAAUUAUACAUUAUUAUCAUGGAUUUAGGUUGUUAGGUCUUGAUAUGAAAAUUUCAGCAAAGCUGAUAUGGAGAAUUUUGAAGGGUAAUGAACUCAGCAGAAGAGAACAUAGACUUCUUAUAAAAACAACAGGGGAUGUCUUCAGACUUAUUCCUUUCUCUGUUUUUAUUAUUGUACCCUUCAUGGAAUUUUUACUUCCAAUUGUUAUUAAAUUUUUCCCUGGUUUAUUACCAUCUACUUUCCAAACAGCAACAGAGAAAGAGGAUAAACUAAAACAAGCACUGAAGAUGAAAAUUGAAAUGGCGAAGUUUCUACAACAGACAUUGGAUGAUAUGGCAGUGCAGUCACCUGGUUAUAAAUCGAUAAGAGCCAAAGAAUUUGCCGAAUUUUUUUAUAAAGUACGAUCGUCUGGUGCUGUAGCCAGUAACGAAGAAAUUAUGCAAUUCAGCAAACUUUUCGAAGACGAGAUUACAUUAGAUUCUCUUACUCGACCACAAUUAGUUGCAUUAUGUAGAGUACUAGAUGUACAAACUCUUGGAACAUCAAACUUUUUACGAUUUUUACUUAGAAUGAGACUUAGAAGUCUCACUGCAGAUGAUAAACUAAUUGAAAAAGAAGGUAUAGACUCACUUACUAGAACUGAAUUACAACAAGCGUGCAGGGCCCGCGGAAUGCGAGCGUACGGAUUACCAGAUAGCAAGUUAAAGGAACAAUUGUCUCAAUGGUUAGACUUAAGUCUAAAUAAAAAAGUUCCACCUUCGUUACUGCUUCUUUCGCGCGCGCUUAUGGUCCCCGAAACGAUACCUAUGUCAGACAAAUUGAAGGCUACCAUUUCUGCCCUUCCUGAUACUGUCGUUGCACGUACCCAAGGCGCAAUAGGAGAGAAAGAGGGUAAGAUGGACCAUAAAACGAAUAUUGAAAUUAUUAAAAUGGAGGAACGUAAAAUCGAAGAGGAGCGGCAAGAGAAAGAACCGCAAAUCGCCACUGUUGUCCAAAACGAUAAAACCGACGAGAUUACAAAUUCAGAUGUAAAAGUAAUAGAACAGGCUUUAGAUUCUCUGGGGAAGGAUAAGAAAAUGUCUGUUGAAAAAGAAGAAUUGAAAGAGUUGAAGGAAGAAAUGGCAGAGUACCAAGAAGAUAUCAAAGAACUUUAUGAAAUAAAAGCAGCUGCUAAAGGCCAAGAAGAUAUAGAAAAUAUUAAGGUAUCCAAAGGUGCUACACGUUUGUUUAAGAAAGUGAAUAAGAUGAUUAAUAAGAUGGAUGCAGUCUUGACACAACUUGAAUCUGAAAAACAAAUGAAAGAAAUACAAAAGAAUACUGUUGGCGAAGAGGAAAUUACUGUUUCAAAAACUGCUGAAGAAUUAGUUAAGAUAGAUGAAUUAAUUUCAGUAAUUAAAAAGAUUCAAAAUGUACCUGAUCAGCAUCGAUUACAACGCAUAGCCGAAAUUCUAGCAAAAAUUGACGACGAUAGGGACGGAUCUAUAAAAAUUGAAGACGUCUUAAAGGUGGUGGAAUUAAUUGGUAAAGAAGAUAUUAAGUUAAGUAAAAAGCAAGUAGAUGAAUUGCUUGAAUUGAUUGAUAAAGAAGAAAUCUUGGAAGAUAAAGGGCAGACCGAGAAAGCGGUACAAAAAGAUGCAAGUGAACUUAAAGAUGGAAAUUGUACUCAAAGAAAAUAUGUUCCACCUAAAUCACCAGUUCCUGCUACACCAGUGACGACUGAGAAGAGUUUCGGCAAAGAAGAAUUAGAAGAAAAUGUUGAAGAAUCGAAUAAAAGUUUUGCUGCGCAUUCAUCCGAAAAAGAAAGAGAGAAGUCAGCUGCAGUUUUUAAGAGCAAUUCCAAUUCUGACCCAGUCAGAAAUCCUCCGUUGACUCCCGGUGUUCCACCACCUGAAAAAAAAGCGGAAGGCUCUAAACAGCUGUAAUAACCGCACAAACAAAUAUGAUUAAUGUAACACGUGCUGGACACAAAAACUACAUCUUGCAUGUAAACUUUCAAUGUAAAAAAAUGCUUUGUAAAAUUGUAUGUUAUGAUAAUGUUACUAAUAUUGAUGAUUAGUAAUGAAAUACGAUAGAAAUAUACAGCUUUUAUUUCAAUAAAACGUAAUUACAAAAUA